AUGGAUAAACCUCAAAUGAUAGGACAUAUUACUAAAUCUGUUGAUUUCACGCUUUUUGAUUGUAAAUGGAUUCCAAUUAGUGCCAAGUUUGUAGUCGUUGGCUCAAAGCCUAGAGGGACUGGCGCUAUUCAGAUAUACGAUGUCUCUGCGAAAGAUAUUCAACUGGUAUCUGAAAGUGAGAAGAGUAGUUCGUUCAAAUGUUGUACAUUUGGUGCAUCCAUGCUUCCACAAAGACAUUUAGCUACUGGGGCGUUCAAUGGAAGACUAGCAAUUUGGGAUAUCAGUAGUGAUGGGCGCCUUGACAAUCCAGUCUAUGGCGCACAAGCUCAUAAAGAGAUAAUAAACGCUAUAGACGGUGUUGGAGGACUCGGAGUUGGUGAGGGGGCCCCAGAAAUCGCCACAGGUAGUAGAGAUGGUACAGUUAAAGUGUGGGACCCAAGACAAGCUAAAAUCCCAGUUGCUACUAUGGAACCUGCUUCUUCUGAUUGUAUGGAAAACUCAGUUACCGAAAACAGACGGGAUUGCUGGACUGUUGCAUUUGGUCACGCAUAUAAUAAGCACGAUAGAUGCCUGGCUGCAGGUUAUGAUAAUGGUGAUAUAAAGUUGUUUGAUCUACGAGCCAUGAAGGUCCGUUGGGAGACCAACAUUAAGAACGGUGUUUGUUGCCUACAGUUCGAUAGGAAAGAUAUAUCUAUGAAUAAACUGGUUGCGACUACACUAGAAGGAAAAAUACAUGUAUGGGAUAUGCGGACACAACAUCCAAAGAAGGGAUUCGCAUCAUUAGUUGAGAAAAAUCAAGGUGCUACUAUUUGGCAGGUUAGUCAUCUACCUCAGCAACGUGAUGUAUUUAUGACUGCUGGUGGGAAUGGAUCACUAUGUUUAUGGCAGUAUCAUUAUCCCAAUAAACGCCAGAAGAUAGUGAAGGAAGAAAAUCCAGAGGGAAAUGGUGAUAUCGAGGUAGCACAAGGUGUAAUCGGUCACUUAACCCAGCUUCAGAAUGUUACCUUCUCUACUCAACCAAUAUGCAGCGUAGAUUGGUGUCCAGAUAAGUUAGGCUUGGCAGUUUGUGUGGCGUUCGAUCAAGCAAUCAGGCUCCUAAUUGUUACAAAACUAAAUAAACUCUAA